UACCACGGAGAGUGUGUCGUGUAAUCUUCUGUUGCCUGACGCGGCCCCCUCGCACCUCCUUCGGCCCCUCGCCCACGCGCUCCGCGCGCCCCUGACCAUUCGACGCCGGCGCCGCCCGAGGGCGAAGGAAGUGGUCAGGGCCGAACUGCGCGCGAUCAUGGCCGAUCGCGCGCUCGUGGCUUCCAGUCAUGCGACCUCGGUUGCAACAGGAUCCGUCGGAGACGCGCCGGCAGCGGCGCCCGAGGGAGCGAGCCUCCGGACGAAGACGACGUCAACAAGAACGCUGGUCCGUAGGCCCAUUGGGGCGCACUGAAGAGAAACGUACGAACAGCGUCAGCAACACAGCAACUUCAGUGGCGCCAGCAGCGCCAGUCGCCACAGGAAAAGUGUGUUGUUUUUCGCCGAACGAGUAGUGCCGUGAGUGUCGCGAGUGCCGUUCGCGAUAAGGGACAAGGGACACGAUGCCGCACGUCAGCAGCAGCGGAGGUGGCGAUGACCAGGGCAGCGAGGACGAGGUCAAGGUCUUUAAAGAUGAAGGCGAGGACGAGGAGAGAUCUUCGGAGAACCUCCACGAGGUCAAAAAGUCUCUCAUCGAUCUCACGGACUCGGAGGAGAAGGUAUCCCUAGCCGGUGGAAGCUAUGCGACGGUGAAGACUAGAUCCGAUCUGAGCCCGGUAUUUGGAAAGGUGGAUCCAACGCCGCACACCUCCUCAUUCAACAUGGGCUACCUUGUUUCACCGUACCCUUACCCCAACGGAGCAGGAGGGCCCAUUCCAGUUUCAAUGUGUAACGCGAAGUCAUUCAUCUUGCAUGGCAAUUGCGUUUCUGUGCGGAAAGCAAAAACGCAAAACAUCAAGAUGGGAUUCAGCUUUCGCAGUCGGGUCGUGAGGAGCAUACGCUAACUGCACCAAGCAGGAGGCUCUUUUCAAGCAAAACUCCAGUGCAUUGCAAAGCCAAGAAAAAGGGGCAAGGGGAAAGGGAGAUAGAGAAACAGCAAGAUAGAACACUAAUGCACGCAGAUAGAUCCAUGGGAAAGAU